GCUUCACGCCAUCUUUAAACCCCACCAGAGGCCAGCCACAGUUACCGGGAUGAAGAGCGCCGUCCCCGGAGCGGGAUAUUAGGUCACACCGUGGAGGCUGGACGGUCAUUCCCCGGCUCCGUGAAUAAUAAACAGCUGUCCGGUGGGGCUGUGAGGAGACGGCCACGGGACACCGCGAGAGCCUUAAGAUGUUGUGAUCGUAGGCAGACAACAACAAUAGACGGAAAGACAACAACAGCGGACUAGCUGCUAACUUGCUAACUGAAAGCUAACUGCUCCGCCGUUAGCAACCUAGUCCGGCUGCGCUGAGAUCUGACCGGACGUUGGUGUGUUUUCACUCCAAUCUACCAGGAGCAGGCCGUCGCCCUUUUAGCACUUUUCAACAGCAGUUUCGCCACUAGAAUUUGAGCAGUUUCCUUUAGCUAGCUGAAAGCUAAGUCCCGACUUCUCCCCCUCCCCAGCGGCCCGGCCGGAGAUGCGUGGAAGAUGUCGGUGUCGGGGCUGAAGGCCGAGCUGAAGUUUUUGGAGUCCAUUUUUGAUCCGAAUCACGAACGGUUCAGGAUAAUCGAUUGGAAACCCGACGAACUCAGCUGCCAGUUUAAUGUAACUGGAGAAAAGCUACUAAUUAUCCACUGUAACAUAACGGAGUCUUAUCCAUCAACGCCGCCGAUAUGGUUUGUGGACUCUGAUGACCCGAGCUUGGCUCAAGUUCUCGAGAGGUUGGAAGAUGUGAGAAAAGGCAGCACCCUGCUUUUGCAGCAGUUGAAGAAACUCAUUUGCGACCUUUGUCGGCUGUACAACCUUCCCCAACAUCCUGAUGUGGAAAUGCUGGAUCAGCCCUUGCCUGCAGGCCCUGUGGGACAAGACAGAAAGCACGGGACAGAGGAGGUCACGUCUGAAGAAGAGGAGGAGGAAGAGAUGGGAGAAGACAUCGAGGACCUGGACCACUAUGAGAUGAAAGAGGAGGAGCCUGUGGAUGGAAAGAAGUCAGAGGAUGACGGGAUCGAAAAGGAGAAUCUUGCAAUCCUGGAGAAGAUCCGAAAGAACCAGAGACAGGACCACUUGAAUGGAGCUGUGUCUGGUUCAGUUCAAGCUUCUGACCGCCUGAUGAAGGAGCUGAGAGAGAUCUACAGGUCUCAGAGUUAUAAGACAGGCAUCUAUUCAGUGGAGCUGGUCAAUGACAGUCUGUACGAGUGGCACGUCAAGCUAAGGACGGUGGAUCCGGAUAGCCCUUUACACAGUGAUUUACAAGUCCUGAAGGAAAAGGAAGGGAUGGAUUACAUUUUACUUAACUUCUCAUAUAAAGAUAAUUUCCCUUUUGAUCCACCGUUUGUCCGAGUAGUUUCCCCUGUGCUUUCUGGAGGUUAUGUUCUUGGAGGAGGCGCCCUGUGCAUGGAGCUUCUCACCAAACAGGGUUGGAGCAGUGCCUAUUCCAUUGAGUCUGUCAUCAUGCAGAUCAAUGCCACUUUAGUCAAAGGAAAAGCCAGAGUGCAGUUUGGAGCCAAUAAAAACCAAUACAAUCUUGCCAGAGCACAGCAGUCCUACAAAUCCCUGGUUCAGAUCCAUGAAAAGAACGGCUGGUACACACCCCCGAAGGAGGACGGUUAAUACAGACUCUUGCCUUUCCUGCAGUGGGACCACAUGUCUUAGAUUUUUUUUUCUCUUUUCCCUGUGACCAAUAUUGUUUUUAUCUUGCAGACUAUUUAAUCCCUUACAUGACAGUUUGAACUCCAAAAAACCAAAUUCCUCAGUUAGUGACCCCCCCCCCCCCAAAAAAAAAAAAAACACAAAAACAAAAAACAGAACCUUGCACAUAAACACAGCCACACUCACCUCCACCACCUGAGAUUUACAUCCAAACUCAUCAGCGAGUCACGAGGGCGGCUCCCUACCAGCCUGCGUUACGCUAUUUAUCGUUUCAUACAUCUGUUGUCUAACGCAUCCCCUGUCCCUCCCACCCUCCCCGCAUUGAGACAUUCAUUCCCGUACUCCAGGAAGUCAGUGGACUGAGUAUCGCUCCAUGUCACCCUUUGGUUUUUGGCGUUGAGCAUGCCACGAUGAUUGCUGGCUGUGAGUGGAAAGGUGCAGCAUGGCUUUAUUCCUCCAGCAGUGGCAGUCCGACGCCCCAGUUGACAAACUCUUGCCUUUCUGGCCACAGACUGGAUCUGAGGAUGGGCAUGCAACAUCCCCCUCCCCCCCUGCCCCGCCCGCCUGCCUGUACGACGCAGAAGCAGGAGGGGAAGGACUUUUGAAUGGCGGCGGACGGACUCUCUAAUAUUGUGCUCAUGUAUUAUCUUUAUAUGCCAAGACCCUCCCUCUCUUCCCGUGGAAUAACAAGCUUCUGAGGCUACUGUGCUUUUAAAACCGCUCGUCUUUUUUAAAAGCUCGGAGCCCCGAAGGUGGGUGGGGAGAGAAGACGAGACUUUUUGCUGCCUCGGUGUGACAGCGCCUCCGUGGAGAGGACCGUCCCGCCGAGGGAAGACCUCUGGCGUCACCGCAACCAGCAGCCGGACCGCGUGGCAACAUAGGAAACAGGAGCAGGCGAACCAGGGCCGAGUUUGGAUUGGAUCACACUGUAAUGUAGUUGAUUUUAACUCCUCGUGUAAACAUGUAAAUUUGUAUUUCUGCAAAAGGAUUUAAUUGUUUAUAAUGUAAUCUUGUCUGGAUCUUUGGCUGGGCAGAGACUGUAUUACUAUAUACCCUUGACUAUUAACUGCAGGGGCACUGCAACUUCUCAAGACUCAUUUAGAAUAAGAACAAGUUGCUUCAUGGAUGCUCUUGCAGAGGGAAACAAAAGUACACCAUGUUCUUAUGUAAGCUUAAUGACUACUGCGGUUUUGUUCUUUUUAUCCUCUUUUUUUUUUUCUAAUAUUGAUUUUAUAUAAUCCCUAUGUUAAUGGCAACAGUGCCGACACCAUUCCCCUUCAUUUUAAUGGCACUUCUUCAUCACGAUGGCGGUAACCAUCAUGGCAGACAGUUUCUGGCACACCGGAGGUUUGGCUAGUCAUAUCGGAUCACUCAAACCAGAUGAACCUCAGUAAGGCUAUGCAGUGAAGACACAAUGUCGCCGAGACGAAGAAGAUUAGUCUGAGCGGCAUAGCCGCCUGCUUAGUUCCCCUAACUGGUUCACAUCCCGAUCGCUUUGCCAAUUCUGAAGUCUGUGGGAAAAACACAAAACAAAAGAGAAAGUGACCUUUUACUCCUGACUUUUCCUCGACCUCGCUGGCUGUUUUCAGAACACAGCCAAGAGUUAGAAAUUCACAGCAAUAGUGUUGACCGUUAUACCUUUUGCUUCACACCUGGGAAGAUCGACUGGAGUCCGUUCCGUUUUCCGGAAUAUCUGUUGAGUUUUGAUAAAUAUUUGUUCAGAUCUUACCACAGGAGGGACCCCAGCUCUUCCCAUCUACCACCUCUCUGGUUACUAUUCAUGACCACUCUCAGCGGCGCUGUACCCCGUCAGCGUGCCGAGGCUUUGAUGUAAUGUGAAUAAUAUGCAGAAAACUGUGUGGAGCAUUCCAAUUAAUGCAGUUACAUGUUUGUUGUGGGUGUUCUGUUGUGUGGUUACUUGCAUUGUUUUGAGUAUAUUGUCCUGAUAACCAGCGUAGAAAGCUUAGUUAUGCUAUCUCAUCCAGUCAUUCCUCUUUUGCUUUUUGUUCUGUUUGAACUCUCCUCAGUGAUACUAACCUCAGCCACAACAGGUAAAGACGGCUAGGAAGUGUAAACCGGCUCCUUCCAGUCUUUGUUUGAAACCUGAGCGACCCUUCCCCCUCGUUUCACCCACUCCCCCCCCCCGCCCCGGGCAGAAUCUGAGCAUUACUGCAGAUCAUUGGCAUGGUUGUUAGCUGUUGUGGUAAUGUGCUAAUCACUUCAUUCUGGUCACAUCGUCGAGCCCACCCCUGCAGAAGCAAACUCAGGAAUACAUACUGCACACACUCGACUUUGCAAAGGAUUGCUUCAGAAUAUCAUCAGAAAAUGCAAGAUUGAAUUUGUCAGGCUUUUUUUUCCCCCCUCUUCUUCCCAGGCCAUUUUAAAAUGAUGCUUCCCCCCCCCCCCCCCCCCCCCAACCCCUUCUACUCUUAGGAGCUGCAGUGUGUUGAAUGUGCACACGCUCAUUUCUGUUAUUGGUGUUGAUGAGCAGGAUUUGGAAUCGGAUGUGUGGAUGAGAGAUUUGCUGCAGCCCUCAGAUUAUCCUGCGCUCGACGGGGGUUUCAGAAGAAGUCUUGCCCCUCGUCUCUUUGAUAUUGCUGUUUUUUGCAUGUCGGUGUAUCAGUGGGUAUUUUUUUUUUUGAUUCCCCAAGUAACGAUAGACAAAGAGCAGUUGGUUUCGGCGGUCAGAGCGGCGGCAAUACAUUCACUUUGUUCCCGCGGCUCGUUUACUCGCGGCUUCCGACACGCAUAGCAGGAUCACUUCCACCCGAUGGCCGUUUUUAGUCAAACCAGGCCAGAUACUCUGAGGACUUAACGCAGACAUCCUUGGGUUACUGUCGAGAAGCGGAUUCCCCUUCAGAUUCCAGUGCCAUCAGAACAACUGCAAUCGCAGACAGAGCAAGCCUGAUCUUUGGAGUAACUGUGUGCUUGAGUCUGUUGUGUGAAGAAUAACGGCUUCUCUGAAAACCAACACACGUCUGACUAACAGAAACCUUCUCAGCUUUGACAAGUGACACAUGGGUCCGAGGCCUGAACCGGCCCGACUCUGGGUUCUUUACCUUGCUUCAUUAACUGCGGUGGCCGGGUUAUAAAGUUAUGCACUGUUAGCAUGCUUUGGUUUGGUUUCUUUUCUUUUUAUUUUCAGUUUUUUUUUUCCAUUGCAAGGGUGAUUUUGACCAUGUAAAGUAAUUUGUAAACUUGCAUCAAGUUUAUGAAUAAAUAAUUUUAUGAAAUA